AUGGAGGGCUCUUCGAAUCCGUCCUUCUUCCCCUUCAACACCAAAGCUGCCGCUGAAGACUACUCGUCGUCCGAGUCGGAAUACGAUGAGCCUACCGUUCCUGGGCUCGACGGCGACGACAACGAUUUUGGCGACUUUAACCCCCGCAAGAAGAGGCGAGUCGGUGGGAACAACAAAGAAAAGGCAGCUCUUGGCAUUUUCGGCUCCGACAGCGAAGACGAUAACCCCAACGCGCGCUGGAAGAGAAAGACGCUGAGGCGCAAAGGUGUUAACUUUGUGUCGACUGCUGCCGAGGACGCUGAGCAAGAUGAGAACGACGAAUCGGAAGAUGAAAGACCGCGCCUGGGCAUUGGCCUGAAUGCUCAUGGCAGAAAUGGCGAAGAAGAUGACGACGAUGAGGACGACGACGAAGAUGAUGAUAGGCCAGCUGGACUGGGGCUUGGCAACGCGGCCAUGAAGCUGCGCUUCACCGCCGGCCAGAAAUCGCGCGAGGAGAAUUCACAAAAAGAAUCAAGCACUCGGCCAUCAUUCAAAACGAAUUUCAGCUCAGGUGGCGUCCUCGGCGGUGGAUUCGUUCCGUCCUCUGCCAGGGAUCCCGUAUUAAAGGAGACAAAUGAUGGAAACGAGACCCCACGAAACAAGCCUCAGGUCAGCGCUUUCGGCUCAAAAGGGAAAAUCAAUCCAAAGUCCUUUGGUGCCCGAAUGAUGGCCAAGAUGGGCUACCAGGAAGGCAAAGGUCUGGGUAAAGAGGGCGAAGGACGAAACAUUAUCAUCGAGGCCAACCUCCGACCCCAAGGCGUCGGUCUUGGCGCGGUAAAAGAGAAGACGGAGCAAGAGCGUCAGGAAGAAAAGAGGCAAGCACGGUUACGAGGAGAGGAGGUUGUCGACUCGGAAGAAGAAGAAAAGAAGCGCAGAAAGGCCAAGAAGAAGGCCAAGGGGGCAGUAUCUUACAGUAGUGCUGGAAGCACCCCGAUGAGGCAGAGGACAAAAUAUCUAACGGCCGAUGAGCUCAAGAAGAGGGCUCCAGGCUUGAACAUUCCAGAGGCUUUUGCCCCUAUUCUCGACAUGACUGGUCCUGGAGGCAGGCUGCUCACAUCGUCGAGUGGCAUCAUGACACCAUCAUCCGGCGUGCCUGAAUCAAACGAAGUGAUUGAAGCGAGGAAACUGGCCAAAAGAGCGCAGUCUGACUUGUUAGCUUUUACCGAAGAAUGGAAGAGCCUGGAGUCGCGCAAGACAUGGGUCAAUUUGGAGCUCAAGCAGAGGGAACAGGAGAUGGAAGAUUUACGGUCCGAUUUCGAGAGGUUGCAGACAUUUGCAAAUGUUGUGACUGAGCGACUUGUCGAGGCAACAGAGUGGGAGCAGGUCAUAAGCGCUCUCCAGACAGCAGUCGACGCUGGCUCAACAAGUGACGCCAUUGCAGAUAUUGCGGUAGCCGCUAUCCAUCCAUUUCUGCGCAGCCCCGAUUGGGACCCGAUGGCGGAACCGUCCCGAUUUGCAUCAGACUUACAGAAACUAUCGGGUCUUCUCAUCGGGUCUGCCAAUGGCAAUCAAUCCGUGAACAAGUGGAACUCUUCUGCGAAUCAGGAUGAUGGCGUGUACCGAACACAUCACAAGGCCACUACGCCGUAUGAGACGAUGAUGUACAAGAACUGGCUUCCUAGAGUGUUGACAGCACUUCGCUCCUGGGAUCCGUUCAAUCCAACGCCGAUGCUCAGCAUCAUGGACAGCUGGAACGAUUUACUUCCGCCCUUCGUUCGAGCGCAAUUGGUAGACAACGUGGCUCGAAAAUUGGAAACGGCAGUGUCGGACUGGAACCCCAAGAAGAAGCGGCAAAGCCACCAUCUUCCACACACUUGGCUGUUCCCUUGGCUGCAGUAUCUCCCCCACUACCAUCUUGACCCAAGAGGCACUGGUCUAGUUGCAGACGUCAGGAGGAAGUUUAGGCACCUCAUCGAUGCUUGGGAGUUUGAGAGGGGAGUCGUCCCUGGCCUGGCGCAAUGGAAGGACGUGUUGGGAGACCAAUGGCGACCCCUCAUCAUGUCGCACGUCUUGCCCUCCAUGGGUAGGUAUCUGCGCACCAACUUCCGUGUCGACCCAGCUGAGCAGGAGCCCUAUCUCCCCAUUCUGGUUGGCAUCAUGAAGUGGAAUCAGGUCCUUGGCGACACGGUCUUGGCAGAAGUCCUGGUGCAAGACAUGUUUCCCAUGUGGAGCAGUAGAUUGCAAGAAUGGCUUGCGCUUGAUGAAGCCGACCUUGGGGAGGUGGCUGAUUGGUAUAGCUGGUGGCGAGGAGUGCUGUUGAAGGACAUGGCACAGAUCAAGGCUGUCAGGGUGGAACUUGACAGAGGACUCCAGCUUGUGAAUAUGAUUUAG